GGAGGAAUGGCGCUCGGCGCGGUAUUUUGAACAAUCGCCUUUUUUCUUUUUCCUCGUUUUAACUGGAAACGUUGCCCAGCGUACACAAAUCUCCGGAGAGCUGAGACUUUGCAAUCAUGGAUGUGGUGUCGCCAGAGCUCAACAGCCUCCUUCCUGAUGAGAUCAUGGAUACUGAGGCCAUAGAGGACAUCCCUCACCCCCAACCAGGAGGCAGCGUGGUCCAGUCAGAGCCCAGCGAUGACACGCCGGUCCCGAUGGAAACGGAUACGCCCAUGGCUUCAGAACACUUGAGCCUCUGUUCAAAUGCCACUUCGGCAGAACACACUAAGGCUCUCUCCACCACCACAAACGCCACACUCAGCAUCAGCUCCGGGAGUCAGCUUCCUAUCUCAAUUUCCAGCUCAUCGUCAUCCCUUCUCACCUUCAAACCAGCCAUGGCUACUUCCGUAGCCGCUACCAAAACUACAGAUAGUUUGACCGGGACUAGUAUCUCUACGAGUGGGUUACAGAGGCUCACGGCUCCGUUUACCAUCUCUGCCGCUAACCACCAGAUCAUUCUCAACAAGGUGGCCUCAGCUCAAGCCACAGAAGCAGCAAGGUCUGCCGGUAACUCGCCCCAGGUCAUCAAGCAGGAAGGACAAAAACUUUUAGUUACAACCAUAGGAAAGUCGGGGCAACCGAUAGUGUUGCAGUUACCACACACAGGCGGCAAGCCGGGCAUUUCACAGACUUUAGGAGACAACAAAACUCAAGCGACGCAGUUUAAAGUGGUGACUAUUGGUGGGAGGUCGGAGCUGAAGCCGGUGAUGGGGAGUGUUGGGAACCAGUUGACCACAUUACAGGCCCAGCAGCUGAAGACCGUACAGGUAUCAUGGAUUGUUUUGUAUUAUUGUGCAACAUUUAAGCACAUUAAUGAUAUUAUUUCACAAUUUAAUAUUGGAAGCAUUUGAUAACUUGCCACCACAUAUUACACAGAUUGGUGUUUGGAGAAGAGAUGAAUCAGUGUAGUAAUAGUAGUAUAGUAAGAGAUGGAUCAGUGUAGUAUAGUAAGAGAUGAAUCAGUGUAGUAUAGUAAGAGAUGAAUCAGUGUAGUAUAGUAAGGGAUGAAUCAGUGUAGUAU